AUGGCUGGAGGACGACGCAACCUCCGCUCAACCACUAGCGACGUGGAGGAGUUGCCCCCUCGCGACGACCUCGGUCAGGAGCCGGAUGCGCAACGCCGCAACAACGCGCCUAGGGUAUCGCCGGCACCUAUAGAGCUACCGCUCAACCCUCACAUCAGGGGCGGGUCAGCUACCACAGCGGCAGGCAUCGCGACGCCAGACGUCCCAACGCCACGCGUCACACAAAUGGAGUCGCUACAGGCUUCUAUCCUGUUGUUGCUGGAGGCACUUAACAAGGCAGAAUUGUCUGGCGCCCCUAAACAAGAAAUCGAAAUCUGGCAGCAGCAAUUCAACCAGGCAGUGGAGACCCUGCAGCGGACGCACGUCGGACCCACGCCGGGUAGCCACCGCCCAGCGUUUGACGAGGCAGGCAAGAUAAUGCGAGUCCUCAACAACGUCCAACCUAAGCCAAAACUUGGGACGGAUAACAAGCCUCCAUUGACCUAG